AUAACUCAGAAUCGCGUUCGGGACCGUUAUGAUACCAUUGCAACCAGCUUUACACAAGCUUCGACCCUCUAUCCGAAGAUUGUCCAUCCUCUUUGCAACGGCACUUAUCGCCUAUCUAGUAUAUUCCAACGCUCCCAUCAGUCAACUACUUGCAUCGAGCUGCUUAUAUGCUCCAUUACGACCGGAAACUGCACGGCUUAUCUUUGUGGGUGGACAUGAGAGCUCUGGUACUGGCUUGAUGCGAGUGAUGCUGGACGCACACCCGUUGAUCCGAUGCGGAGCAGAGCCUAUGGUUACCUCGACUGUGCUGGGGAUAAAAAACUCAUUGGAGAACAAACUUCGCGAGCGUGCCAUCAAGGCAGGUAUCUAUCCGGAUGCCUACAACGAAGCAGCAGCCUAUUUUAUACUAAAGAUUGUAGAGAAGAUGGGACCACCAGCAAAAUUUUUGUGUCACAAACAGCCAGCCAGUUUCCUACACUUGGCCUAUCUCGCCAAACUAUUUCCUAAAGCCAAAUUUGUCCACAUGCUGCGUGACGGUCGUGGUGCAAUCGCUUCCACAAUACGGCGUGGAUUUAAUGGCAAGUACAAGAAAGAAGAUCCAGCCGGGGCCUUGAAGCUUUGGGAGGUCAAAGUCACUAAAAUAUUGAGAGAAUGCCAAGAAGUUGGACCAAAGCGAUGUUUGAGCAUCCGAUAUGAAAGCCUUGUGAUGGAUCCCGCAACCGAGUCCAAAAAGCUGUUCGAAUUUCUUGAAAUCCCAUGGGACCCUGCUGUGUUAAGGCAUGAAACUAUGCUGGCACAACUGACAAACUUGAAUCCGUAUGAACCCAGCACGAAACAGUUCAUUAAGAAGAUCCACACCGAUUCAAUUGCCAAAUGGUCUCAACCCGAUUCCGUACUGAGCGAAGAGUUUCUACGUUCUGUACUCAGGCAGAACAGUUUGCUACGUGUGUUGGGCUACGCCGAUCUGGGAAACCAUCCUGAUUAUACGAAACUGGACCCCACCGUUCCUACCGUAUUGUAG